AAACUCUACAAAUUCUUAUAUUUGACUGUGUGUGUAAAUCUUAUAUUUUUUCUCUCAACAAACUCUACAAGUUUUAUUGGAUCCACUCCCAAAGGGAUACUUGGCCAAUGUUUAUAUAAAGUAUGUCGAGUAAUAUUGGUGAAUCAACAACUACACCCCCUGAAAGUUCAUCAUCAAGGGAUAUUGGUAGCAACGAUGCCGGGGAUUUCGAAUGCAAUAUAUGUUUUGAGCUAGCCGAGGACCCUAUUGUUACUCUUUGUGGUCAUCUUUUCUGUUGGCCAUGCCUUUACAAAUGGCUGCAUAUUCAUUCCCAUUCCCAAGAAUGUCCAGUUUGUAAGGCCCUUAUAGAAGAACAGAAACUAAUUCCUCUAUAUGGUAGGGGAAAGACACAAACUGACCCACGGUCGAAACCUAUUCCCGGCCUUGAAAUCCCGCAAAGGCCAGCGGGUCAAAGACCCGCAACAGCCCCUGCUCCUGACACUAACAACUUCCCAAAUUUUGGGUUUAGAGGAUUCAUGCCCAUGGGGGCAUCUGCACGGUUUGGUAACUUUGCAAUGUCUGCUGGUUUCGGUGGGUUGUUCCCGUCUUUACUUGAUAUGAAUGUUCAUGGAUUCCAAAACCCAUUGCAGUAUGGUCCACGACAUGCUCAUGGACCAAGAUUUCCAACUGGAUUUCACGGGGGACAUCCUCUUCAUGAGAUUUUUCAUCCAAGGCGAGGACAUCAAGAGAAUAAUUAUGCGAAGCUUCUUUUCAUGAUUGGGAUUUUUAUGAUUCUUUUUAUGAUCUUGUAAAUGGAUUGAUGUUGGAGUUAGACUAUGAGUUCUUGCCUAUGCUUUGCAUCAUCUUGAUGACCCUGUGUUAAUAUUUCAUAUAAUACCUUGUAAUAGCACUCUUCAAUGUUUCUGUAUUCGAUAAAGAUGUAGAACGGGCUCGUUGUUUCAGUAAAUGAAGUGUGAAGUUAGUUAAAAUUAAUGCUC